AUGGGCUGAAAUUCUUGAGCAUACUAUAACAUAAAUUUAGAGAAAAAUAGUGUUACUAUUAUCAAGAAGAAGAUAAACCUCAGGAAGAUCCAAUAUAAUAAGGGAAAUGUAGAUCAGAAGAAGUUCUCAACGAUAAAAAUGAAAAAUCCGGAAGAUCUGAUGAAUGGAGUGACUUAUAAGAUUAAGAAAAAUCUUGUUUCCUCACAAAUUACACAGUCAGAAAACCUCCAAAAGACAGAUCACAUAACGGCCAAGAAGUAUAAAAUUCAAGAAAUAGGGAAAUCACAGGAGAAAGAGAGUAGAAUUUCAGCAAAAAGAAUGCAAAAGAAGACUCCUACUGAAAAGACACAAGACAACACUCCCACAGAGAUUGAGCCCCGCUUUAAUGGCAAGUACAAUUCAAACUACGAGCCCCAGAAUGACAGUAUCUAUGAGGAAGACAUUCAGGAGGAUAUACUCCAAAGUCCUGCUGUGAAAAACCCUGAGCUAUUUGAUCCUUUCUCAGGAGAAAAGAUUCAUAGCAGAAAGAAGGUCUACUGUAGCACAGAUAAAGAGCUAGAAGAGUCUGGGUCUAUUUUUACAGGCAGAGAUGAAAACAAGAUCAUGAAACUUAAGAGAAUCAGGGAUGCUCAAGCAUACCAAAAGAUCUUACAACAACAAAUUAAUGAAAAGAUGAAGACCAAGACAACUAAUUUGAAGAAAAUUGAAAAGAUUCCAGUAGGGAAGAACGGACUGAAGAAGAUAAGCUCUGAAGAAGAUGAAAGAUUACCAGCUGUUGUGAGUUCAAGAUAUUCAAACUCAAAUACUGCAUGCACAAGAGAUCUCUUCACCCCUAGUGAAGAGAACUGCCUGAGCCAACACCUUUCUAAUUAUGCUAACCAAAAGGCUAGAGUUGUAGUCGAGAGUGACUGAAUAGACCUCAGGAAGAGAAGUAACUCUGAGAACUUAUGUGAUACAGUCAGAGAAGAGAGAAGUAGAGAAGAAGGCAACACCGAGGAGAGCUGUGUCACCUUUAAAUCACCUAACCCAAAGAAUAAUGAAGACAAUAUUAAAGUUUUUGAUGGUGAUGAGGUUGAUUACUCUCUCCUCCAUCUCGAAGAUGUGGUUGGAUCACUUCUGAAGGAACAGCAGAACUUAAAACAGAAGAUAAAUGAACAAGAGAUGAGAUUACAUACACUAACUUAUCAAGAAAAUGAUGAUGAAAACGAAGAUAUUUCUCAAAAUCUGGGUGAACCUAGCAAUAAUACUUCUAAAACCAAUGUGAAAAGAACUCAGCCUGAAGAUUUUGAGAAGAAAAAUUUAGGAGCAAGGAAGAUGUCUGUUAAAACAAAGAAAAUAAAAGCAAAUAUAAUGAAUCCUAUAUCUAAAGCAGCGACUCCAAAUGAUCUAACAUCAAAAGUACCUGCUUUUGGAAAACAUAAAUUUUCAGUUCAAGAUACUGAGCUCACGCAAGAGUCUGGAUUCUUAGAGAAGGCCGGGAUGUCUAUUAACAAAAACCAUAACUUGGCCAGCAAAAGUGUUGGCAACAAAAAUAUGGUCUCUCAAACAAGAAAGAAUUCUGAGCCUCCAAACAUGAAAUUUGUGAUCAAACCCAAUGCAAGGUUAAAUAGGAACUUAUUUAAGGAGACCUUCAUGAGCAAGAUCGAAACAGAGCGUCAGGCAUUGAGGAAUAGCAAUCUCAAUGGGCUUCCUCAUCAAUUCUCCACAGUCGAUAACAGAGAGAACAAAGGCCAAAGAAAGAUUUACAUGAAGGCCCCAAGAGAGGAGCUCAGCUUAGAGAAUAGGAUGAAAAUAUCAGCUAGUAUGCAAAAAUUAAACUUGCCACAAAUCAAUUUAAAGAGGGUGUUUGAUGACUUCUCACAAGACAAACAGGCAUAUUUUCAGAAGCAGAAAUCUUUGAAAAGAAUCCAAAGUUUGUCUCAAUUAUCAUCAGUCCCUAGUGAUGCUCAGAGGUUAGCCAAGAAUAAUGCUGAACCCUUAAGUGCGAAUAUAGAGAAGCCUGAAAAUAUAUUUAGCCAUAGAAAAAUGACUUCUAAUGUUAAAGAGAGCCCUUACUUUGUAAGACAGGCGGUGAACAGCGUGUCUCAGAUGAAUAGCCCUACAAAGGGGGUUGAUUACCAACCAGUACCAAAGAACUAUUAUUAUCAAGCUUUUGACGAAAGAGACGUGCUUUCAUCAGCUUAUUCGAGUGUAGCAUCAACUAUAGUCCCUGACUACCAAAAGAGCAAGCCUUUUAAGUCAGGAAAUUCUAAGAAAAGCAUGACUCUAAAGCACAUCUCCAAGAAGGGGAAAGGAGGAAAGAGAAUGUUCCCAAAAGAUUUCUUUUCGGGGUAAAUUAAGAAUCUAAUAAUGG